AAAAAGAAAAGGAGGAAUAAAAGGUCGUUUUGUUGCCACAAACCGAUGCAUCUCAAAUCUCAUGCCCCCCCACCCCCAAUUUACAAAUUAUUAUUGGCACCCACAGACCCACUUGCAUAGUCCGAAUUGGUCAACGAAGGCGGCUCUUGCAACGGGCCACUCAUUGCUCCCCACUCCAAGCCAAGUAAUACCAUAUUUGACUCCCUGUAUCCCCAAAAUUGACUUGACCCCCCCAUCUGGCUCAAUUUCCAUGAAAUUUCUAUCUAUCAGAAUCCCCGUUUAAUAUAUAACCAGACAGACCCAGAAAUGCUUUGUACAGAACAAAAACAACUUCACGCAGCAUACUCUAAUCCUUUGUGUGUAAGUUCAGAACUUCAAAGAUGGAGGACAUCUCAGAUCUCUCUCUUCGACCAUUGGAGCUCUCUGACAUAGAUGAUUUCAUGGUUUGGGCUACUGAUGAUAAGGUGGUCCAUUUCUGUACUUGGGAACCAUACAAAAGCAAAGAAGAUGCCAUAAACUAUAUCACAAUAACAGUUCUACCACAUCCAUGGUUCAGGGCAAUCUGUCUUGGCAAAAGACCGAUUGGUGCCAUUUCCGUGGCACCGAACUCAGGUUCUGAUAAAUGCAGAGCUGAGCUUGGGUAUGUUUUGGGAUCCAAGUAUUGGGGCAAAGGGAUUGCAACAAAAGCAGUGAAAAUGGUGACCAACGCUAUAUUCAGCGAGUGGCCACAUUUAGAAAGACUUGAAGCUCUGGUUGAUGUACAAAACGUGGGAUCGCAAAAGGUGCUGGAGAAGGCAGGAUUCACAAGGGAAGGUGUCUUAAGAAAGUAUGUUGUACUGAAAGGAAGAUCCAGGGAUAUGGUCAUGUUUAGUCUUCUCUCCACAGAUCCUCAAACGUAGAAGUCCAGAUCCUGAUUGUUAAUUAGUUUUAUCAAUUAUGUCCACAACUUUAUUUUUUUUUUCUUCUUUAAUUUGCUACUCUCUUUUUUUCAUUAUUGUCUAGCAACACGAAAGUUGAUAAAUACAAAUUUUGCAAUACUAUUAAGGCUCA